UUAAGGGGAUCACAGCACCAAGGCACUGUUGCGCCGCGGUGUCCGCUCUGUUCAACACGCCAUGCUUUCGUGGUUAAUUGACCUUGAACGUAGAAGACUUGUGAACCUUUGUGCACCAUCAUCAGCAGCCCAUGGAGGGACAGGAGGAACGUUCACACAGAACGUAGCCCCUUCGGCUUCCAGCAGUAAUGAGUGAGAUACCGCUGGACCUGGGGAGUCCUGACCAGGAAGGAAAGCUCUACUCAGCCGAGUCACUAAACAACCUGCACAAGAUGACUAUCUGCACAGACCCAAGGGAUUUGUUAUGGGCUCCACCCCCGAUUUCCCCAAAAGGGCCCCCCCAAAGGCUAGAGGAAGCAGUGAGUGAUGGCCUGGGCUCCCCCAAUCAAGGAAUCCUGGCCUCUCUCCUGCAUCGCCUGAGACCGGACUCCCUGGUGGGGAGUCGGGAUGAGGAGCGCACGUCUUUGCGGCGUGUCCACCAGGCCCCGGUCCGCGGAGCCUGGCUCCUCCUCGCCGCCAUGUUGCUGACCGGUCUUCUCCUGUCUUUCUGUGCGAUUUACUUAAUAGCGCGAAACUCGGCGGUGCUGGGAGAGCUCAGGGGAGACGGUGUGGAGGAGAGACAUCUGGAGGAGCUCAGGCGCUGGAAGGCCCUGCUGGAGAAGAACCUGGAUAUCUCCAUCUCAGAGGGUACCGCCAAAUGACAGAAAAGGUGGGGCGCCCCCGGGUGGAGCAGGUGGCGCCCUGUGGCCGUUUCACAGAGCGGAUGCUCUACCAGAUGAGGGUGAUUUCAGCACAGGACAGCGAUUGGAGUUCUGCUUAUUCAGCACAGUAAAUGGCCCAGUAUAUGGAGGAUAGUCAGGUUGUUGAGGAUACACUAUAUUUUAUUGUAAGUAGAGACUUACAGGAAAUAUGACUUACGAGGACUCGCACAUACGACCGAAGUUUAAACAAAAAAAAGGAAUGAAAUAGAUGUAUUGAAAAAUAAAUUUCAGGGGGCAGGACUCAGUAGAGCUACAUACGUUGCUUAGUACGCACUGCAUCGCCUUACGAUGGGGAAAGGAGUGUGUAUGGCAGUAUGACCAUCCCAGUCUCACACACACACCUCCCAGUCUCACACACACCUCCCAGUCUCACACACACCUCCCAGUCUCACAAACAUCUCCCAGUCUCACACACACCUCCCAGUCUCACGCACAUCUCCCAGUCUCACAACAUCUCCUAGUCUCACACACACCUCCUAGUCUCACAUCUCUUAGUCUCACAACAUCUCCCAGUCUCACACACACCUCCCAAUCUCACGCACACCUCCCAGUCUCACGCACAUCUCCCAGUCUCACGCACAUCUCCCAGUCUCACACACUGCUCUGUGACUGCUGUGGAAAAUCUGAAGUAUAUUUCUAGAAAACUACAUGCGUAAAUGAAAUAAACAUUAUUUUGUUGAAGAGUGA